UAAACCUUGGUAAAGUAAAGGGUGCUUUAGUCAAUUAAAAAUACUAGAGUAACAAAAUUUACCACGGAUUACUUGGUAGAUAAAGCCAAGAACAAAGGUAGGGUACAGUAACAAAGUUUUUAGUGUUUACGCUCCUUCAUCCUUGCCUAGUUUUCGCAGACGAUGGGCGGAGGCAGUAGAGUCGGCGGCGGCGGCAAAUCAAGCGUAGGAGGGUGGUUGUCACGCUCCCGAUUAUUCCGAGCAUUGAAGCUUGGAGGACCAGGCUACUAUCAUCAUGACAUGCUUAAGCAAGUUGCCGUUUUACGGGGUUUAUCAAGUGUUGAAGAGCUUUUAGCCUCCCUGGGAAAGCAAGAGAGUGGCAUGUCAAUUCAAGAAGAACUUGCUUUUCUGAACAAAGAGCUUGGGACUACAACAGUUACGCGGUGGUUCGUAGCCCAGUCUUAUUCUGGAAAUAAAGGUCGUAAGAGGUGUGAGGAUCUCUUCAAGACUUAUAUGAAGGAGGUUAAAGAGUAUGGGGAACCUUGCAUCUCUACUGUAUCUCAUUUGACAAAGUAUUGUGGCUAUGAGCUUAAGGAUUGCAAGGAAGAGAAACUAUAAUUUUUCUUCCAUCGUUAUGAUAUUUCUGCUUGAUUCUUCUUGUAACUACUUCGUAUUUAUUACAGUAAGAGAACUAGUAUCUAUUUAACAACUAAACAUCUAUUUUUUUGCACUUUGGUUUGGGUUUAAAAAAAAUAUUCAAAUCAA